GCGCCGAUGGAACCGCGAUUCUUUCAGUUUGACAUAUCUGGGCGACAAAUACGCAGGUUCUAGCCAUCAAGUAAUAAAAGCAGAUGAUUUUCGCAAGACCAAGUGACCGAUGCAGUCCGCAUUACAGAAAAUAACCUCAAACAUAUCGCUCAGUCCAGUUUUAUAUCAUGUUUAAAAAGUUGCUAGUUGUCCGCCGGAUAUGCCAGCUAGCUGGGUAGCUAGCUAAGAUAGCUAAGUGUAGCUCUCUGCAACCUUCGCUUCAGCGUGUUGUCUCAUUCUGCUGGUGUCGCAUUUGUCUUGAGGGUUUUGCCAGGCGUUUCUCUUCGUGGGAACUCAACUGUGUGGUGUUAAUAUGUGGAGACGACGCGUACAAAGCUAACAAACGCAAAGGCUGUCUUUCACCGCUGUUUCCUUUUGACAAGGACAGACUUUCUGUUCAUGGACACUGGAUACUUAACAGCCUGUCGCUCUGUUUCUGGAUGACCUGUGGAACUUAAUAACAUUAGAAUUCAAAUGACUGGAGUGAGCAUUGACUAUAAAGUCCCAGCCCCUGUUUGCCAUCAAAGCUUCCUUCCCAUUUAUGCACUGCCUAGCCCAUUUCCCUCCACUCUGACCCAUAAUGUUGGAGGGACUUGUUGCAUGGGUACUUAACACAUACCUAGGCAAAUAUGUUAGCAACCUUAACACAGAUCAGCUCUCUGUUGCGCUUCUCAAAGGAGCUGUAGAGCUUGAGAAUCUUCCUUUAAGAAAAGAUGCACUCAGAGGGUUUGAUCUGCCUUUUGAGGUCAAAGCAGGCUUCAUUGGGAAGAUCGUGCUUCAGAUCCCCUUCUAUCGGCCUCACAGUGACCCAUGGGUCAUCUCCAUGUCUCAGAUAAAUCUGAUUAUUGGCAAUGCCCAGCCCCAGGAAUACGAUGAGGUGCAGGAAAGAAAAAUUGAGCGUGAGCAGAAGAAACAACUGCUCAAAGCAUUAGAGGACAAAUGGAAGAGUGAAUGUGAGCAGAAGGGUGAGUCAUACUGGUACUCUGCCACUGCCUCCGUGGUCACCAGAAUAGUUGAGAAUAUUGAGCUGAAGAUUCAGGGUGUGCACGUAAGGUUUGAGGAUGAUGUCUCCAACCCAGAAAAGCCCUUUGCUUUUGGAAUUUGUAUUAAGAACGUAUCAGCACAGAACUCCUCUAAAGAACCGGCUCAGAAGCUCAUGCGGCAGAAGCAGCUGGAGAUUGAGGAGUUCAGUGUUUACUGGGACACCCAAUGUACCAUGCUGGCAGAUCUUCCUCAAGCUGAAAUACAGGAAACCAUGACCACUUGCAUGCAUAGCCGAGAGCACCAAUACAUAUUUGAGCCUGUGUGUGCGUCUGUGCUUCUGCGGAGGAAUGCGUCUAAAGAGCCUCUGCGCUCACGUCACACCCCACGCAUCCAGGGCCAGGUGCAGCUCGACCCUCUCUCACUGCACCUCUCACAGGUUCAGUAUCAGCAGAUAAUGGCUUUUCUGAAAGAGCUUGACAGGCGAGAGAGGGAAAUGCUUUUUCGAAAGUGGAGACCCAAAGUCCCUUUAUCAGGAAACUGCCGGCAAUGGUGGAUGUAUGCCAUCAGUGCUAACCUGGACAAGAUCAGGGAGAAGCACAGGUGCAGGAACUGGAACUUUGCUCUUCAGCGUGCACGUGAUACACAGCUCUACACAAGCCUCUAUAACCAGAGACUCGAGGGAGUUGCUCUGACUGCACAGGAGGAGAUUGAGUUUGAGAGGAUUGAAGAUGAACAGACAGUGGAGGAGUUGCAGAGUCUCAGGGAAAUUGUUCAUGACUCCUUUCGAAAGCAGCUGGAGAUUGCAGAGGGUGUCAGAGAGCCCAUGACCGAACCUGAGGGCGCCUCCCCCUCCAGUUCUAUUCCAAAGAGUGGCAGUUCUGGUAUGAUCCAGUACCUACAGUCCUGGUUCCCCGGUUGGGGUGGAUGGUAUGGAGGUUCUGAAAGGGGCCUAGAUGGGCAGCCCAUGGCUGAUGACCUCAUGCAAGGAACUGCUGAAUGGGAUAUUCUGGCUGAAACGGAUGACCUCUUUGACCCACUAGAAGAGUCUCGGACAUUAAACACUUUCACCAGGAGGGAUCACCUCUUUGCACAACUGGAUUUCUUCCUUGAGAAGGCAGCCAUCACUCUCUUCCAGCAAGACAAGUUGAAUCCUUUGUCCAGUGAGAGUGGGGUCAUACAGCUAGAGUUUUCAGGGGUGAAGAUUGGUAUUGAGUCUUUACCUCGCUCAGAGUCCUCUCUACUGUCUGUCAAGCUUGGAGGGCUGUUUCUCAGAGACCUCACCACCCAGGGCUCUAUCUUCCCUGUCCUAGUCUCACCAAAACUGGAUAAGGUUGCUGUUGCCAUCAAUCAGCCCUUUGGAGAGAAUAGUAUCACAGACAAAAGCAAUAUGGAUUCUGAUAUGGAGUCCACGUCAUCCCCUGUUUUUGAGAUGAUCUAUGAGCGUAACCCAAUAAGGAGUAAAUUUGAGAGGAGACUGGAGGUCAAUACCAGUCCUCUUAAUAUCAUCUACAACCCUCAAGCUAUCAAGAAAGUGGCAGAUUUUUUCUACAAGGGAAGGGUUCAUACUUCAGGGUUUGGAUAUCAGUCUGAAUUAGAGUUGAGAGUGACUGAGGCAGCAAGGAGACAAUACAACAAGCUGAAAAUGCAGACAAAGGCUGAAAUUCGGCAGACCAUAGACCAGCUGUUGGUUGGAGAGUUCAUUGAGAAUAGUAAGCGUUGGACAAUGAAAUUGGAUAUAUGUGCGCCUCAAGUUAUUUUCCCAGAUGACUUUCAAUCUGAGGACCCCAUGCUAGUUGUAGUCGAUCUUGGUCGAAUUCUCCUUACCAAUUCUCAAGAAGAUCCUAAAACAAAGUCCAGGACCUCUCAGUCAGAAGAUGAGGAGUUCAGUGACGAGGAAUACCAGACUCCACUAGCAACACCUCCAGAGUCUCCACUACCCGAACCAGAGAGAGAGUUUAAAGGUCUGGAGAAGAGCCCUGACCUCUCCAUCCUUAAAUCUGCAGAGGGAGUCCAGGCCUUCAGCAGGAUCUUGUAUGAGAAGUACUCCUUAUCUUUUAACGACCUGCAGAUCAUGGUUGGGCGCUACAAAGACAACUGGAAACACUUACAGGAAAGUGAAGUGGGGCCCACCCACGUAGUGGAGAAGUUCAAUGUGCUCUUACAAUUGGAGCAGAGACUGCGUUACACCUCAGACCCUCAGCUCCCUGGUGCAGUUCUCUCAGGUACCUUACCAGACCUGAAAGUACAUGUUAACCUGGACAAAAUGACUGCAUUGAGAAGCUGUCUGGCAAGACUUGCUCGCACAAGUGGAGAUGAAAACAUGUGCAAUAAAGCAGAGAACGUCAAGUCUCCUGACCCAUUAACACUCCGUCAUGAAAAGAUCUUUCAGAGGGACGACAGUCAGUGGAACUUGCAGGAGUAUGACAAAAACCUUACCAAGAGUGUGACAACUCUUGAGCAGCAGACACGAGAAGUAUUGGUUGAAUCCAGACUACUUCUUGCGGAGUUCAACAUCAACUACAUGCAGCUUGGUGUGGAAAGUGGGGGGCGGUAUAUAUCUGUUCUAAAGGUGUUUGGUACAAAUGCUCACUUUGUAAAACGACCUUAUGAUGUUGACGUCUCCCUCACAGUCCAUGGUCUUCUUCUAGUGGACACCAUGCAGACAUAUGGCUCUGAUUUUGACCUGCUUGUGGCAUCUCAUAAGCACCUUAGUUUUGAUGUGCCCACUGGGAGUCUCAGAGAGAGCCAGCCUACAUCACCAGACUCUCAAGAUGGGAAGCCACCUGAACUGCCAGACCUGGGUCUGCCUUUUGACAAAGUAUCCCCUCUUAGCUCACUUAGCAAUGAGGAGGCACUCAUUAAACUGGAAUACCAGUUUGUUAGGUCAGAUUGCCCAUCAAUGAACAGAGAUAGCUCUCUACAGGUCACCACCAUACAGGUCAACAAUUUGGAUAUUAUUCUCAACCCUGAAACUAUUGUAGAGCUGCUCAAAUUUCUUCAGCAAUCAUUUCCUAAAGAAGAGAGCACAUGGGCUCCCUCAGCACAGCAACCUACACCAGUGCCUAAUGGACAAGACCAAGACGAACUCUAUCAAUCCACUUAUGAUCAGAAUAAGGAGUUAACUGUAGAGAUUCAUAGGUUAAAUAUGCUACUCUUGCGAACAGUUUCAACUGGAUCUGGCUUAGGUGGUGAAAAAAGAGGCAUGAAAAUUGCCACAGCCAGUAUAAAUGGGACAAAAGUCAACGUUUCUAUGGGUAGUCGACUUGAUGUCAACGGCUCCUUGGGUUGCAUUCAGCUUGUAGAUUUAACUCAGGAAGGGGGUAAAAGUCAGUUUGUGGUCAGUAUUGGAAAUUUAGAAGAUGAUACCGCUGUAGAAGGUGUAUUUUUUACUGGUUCAGGGUUCAUUCCCUAUGAGGCUUUAAAUUUCCACCUUUUGGAGAAGUCCCCAGGAGAGUGCUCUCUAGAACUCCAUAUGGCAUCACUGCACUACAAUCACUCGGCCAAGUUCUUGAAAGAGCUCAGUCUUUCUGCCAAUGAAGUGGAAGAUAACUUUCGUUCCAUGCUGAAGAGUGCUGCCACAAAGGUCUCCUCUGUGCUGGCUACUAAAACAGCAGAAUACAGUGGCAUGGUCUCUCUCUUUGAGACCCCAUCUAAGAGAUCCAGACUGCAAAGUCUAAGCAACUGGACACUGGAGCCUCCAGAAUAUGAAGAAGAUCUUACCGGUCCUGAGGAAGAACAAGGCACAGACUCAUUUCUGGUCAAGCUUACACUGAAUGUCAGCAUAGAAUCCCCUGUUGUAUCAAUUCCUCGGAAACCUGGACACCAUGAACUUCUCGUUGGUCACCUGGGAAGCAUUACCAUUCAGAAUUUUGCUGCAGAGCAAGACACAAAAGGACAAAAAUUGCAGGUUGAAGUUAAAAAUAUAAGGCUCUAUUCUGUCAAUACAAGUAAUCUAGUCCCGAAGAAAGGGCCUCGGACUGACAGCAGCUCCAACCCCAGUCAGUCACCAUCUCAUAAUCCCAUCUACCUAGAUGAGCCACAGUUUACUCGGCAAGACUUCUUUGUGUAUCUAAGUCGUGGAAAAGCAUUUCACAUUCUUAAAGACACUACCAUCCAGUUUACUCUUGAAAAAGUUCCUACUGUUGAAGACAUACAGUUCUGUGAUGAACCAUACCACAAUACAGGAUUACUUAGAGUAGAAGGCAAAUUUGUCAAUGCCGUUAAGGUUUUCCUUUGUAAGCCUGUGUAUGAACAGGUUCUUCAGACUUUAGAUAACCUGUCUUUGAUUGAGGAACAGAGAGUAACUCCCAAUGAGCCUCCAACUCCCCCUCCGCCGACACCGUCCUCCACCAAACCGCAUCGCUUCCCUGAUCCACAGGGCGGGUUGUUUGCUCGGGACAACCCUCUUAUCGGCUUGUCUUACUCCUCGAUGUCAUCCUCUCUCUCAACCCCACUCCCUCUGCAGAACCACACCCAGCCUCUACAGCUUCUCUCUUUUACCCAAGUCAGAGCCAACUUCAAGGUAUCUGAGCUUCAGGUACAGCUGAGUGCAGACCUUAGUCAAGGAUCUCAGGGCUUGGUCAGUCUGCGCUUCCAAGACCUGGAAGGAAACUUCACUAAGGAGGAUCCUCAUUCUCUGUUAGUCCAGCUGGCCCUUCGCUCCCUGCUCAUGGAAGAUCUUCUGGAGUCAAAUCCUGAGUCAAAACACAAACACCUUAUGGUUUCCAGAGGUGCCCCCAAACCGUCUACCUUUAACACUAAAGAAUACCUCUCCCAAUCAUGCCCAUCCUCAUCCAAUGCCUUGUACCCAGAAAUGCCACGCUCGCUACCAGCUCAAAUUGAGGAGGCCCAGAAUGUCUUCCAGUUUUAUCAGCGGCAUCCUAGCACUCCUGCAGCAUCGGGCAAGAAAAAUAUGAAGGACCCAGGAUGCCCCAGCACCCCCCCUCCAUCGCCCUCUCGGAAUACAGCAUCACCUCACCCUCUACCAGACUUUGAUGACUCUCUUGUUCACAUCAGUGUGCUUAUGGUGGAAAGAAGGCAUCCCGAGUUUAAGACACGCUAUGGCAGCAUCAGUCGUAGUAUUGAUGUGGACUUCAACUGUCUGGAUGUCCUCAUAACGCUUCAGACUUGGGUCGUCAUUCUUGACUUCUUUGGCAUUGGCUCUACAGCCAACAACCAUGCAGUGAAGGUGCCUGCCACCUCUCCCCAGUCUAUGCCUGGACACCCACUGUACAACACAACAGAUAUGUACCCUGAGAUUGAUGAGGAAGAACCAGAGGAGAAGAUCAACACUAAACUAGACCUGAAGGUUCGUUCCCUGUCUUUGGUGUUGAAUAAGAAAACUACAGAACUUGCCAAAGCUAGCGUCUCAAAAUUGUUAACACACUUAGAAAUGAUAGAUGGAGAUCUUUCAUUGCAAGGAAGCCUGGGUAGUCUGUCAUUAAUUGACCUGACCCCACAUGGUGACCUAUAUAGGGAGCGCUUCACGACCCGGGGGGGAGAGGCACUUAUCUUCAAUAUAAAUAAGUACGGAGAGCUGGACCCUUCCUUGGAACGGGACUGUGACAUGAAAGUGUCUCUGCAGAUGGCCUCAGUACAGUAUGUGCACACGCAACGUUUCCAGGCCGAGGUGGUGGCUUUCAUCCAGCACUUCACACAGUUGCAGGAUGUUCUGGGCAGACAGAGAGCAGCAAUGGAGGGGCAGGCUGUGCGGGAGCGUCCACAGCGAGCCUCUCGUUUGCUCUUGGACAUUGUGGCUGGGGCACCUGUCCUUUUGAUCCCGGAGAGCUCCCGCUCAAAGCGCCUCAUGGUGGCAAACCUGGGCCAGCUCAGAGUGCGCAACAGCUUCCUGCAUGCAGGCGCGCACGGAACCUUCUCUCUUAGAGACAAGGUAGAGAAACUUACCAUGGAUCAUGUGAAGAGCACUCAAGCUCCUUGUGGAAAAGUGAGUGAGGAAGCAUCAUCAGAGGGAGCAAAAGCUUCCAGCUCCACUGCCACUGGCUUCACCCUGGGCAGGCCCAAGGUCACCAUGGGACACAACACAGAUGUGUCUCCCAGCCCAGAGGACCACGUGUGUCUGCUGGACUGCAUCGCUCUAGACCUGCAGGAGAUGGACUUGUUUGCUGCAGAGUGGCUGCCCUGCGAGCCGUGGGACAGCGUCGGGAAGCACCUGGACACAGACCUUGUGUUCCCCUCUUACUCAGUGCGCAGGACAGGAGGCAGCCUGCUGACUGAGCGCUGCCAUCUCAAACUCAAAGUGGAACGCAACCUAGACAAGGAGCUGAGUCAUGCUGUCCCUGACAUGACCGUCCACGGCAGCCUGUCUUCUGUAGACUGCUCCAUGGACCUGGAGAGGUACCAGCUGAUCCGAGGCCUGUUGGAGCACAACCUGGGAGAGUCUGUGGAGGAGUUCCUCAGGCCCUACAAUCUCCAGGACCCCAGCAGCUAUACGGUGCUGAGUGGUGACGUGUAUACGGGCCUGUCUCUCCUAGUUGACAUGAAGAAUGUCAGUCUGGAGUUGCUUGAUGGCUCCGGAGAUGCUGGGCAUAAGCGGUCUUUGGCCAGGUUUGAUUUUAUGAAAUCCAAGUUACUGUUUGAGAGUUUCUCUAAUGGGUCCACAUCUGUGAACCUGGUGUCUCAUUCACUCCUGGCCUACGACACGCGUUACAGUGAACACAGCAGUGCUGCAGAGGGCAAGCACAAUGUGUUUGACUGUAUUCUGCAGCCCUGUAGGACUGCUGGCAACCGAGCCUGUCUCCAGUUAGAGCUGCAUUAUAGGUCUACCCGGGACUCCUCAUGUUUUACUGUGGUCCUGAACAACAUGCGAGUGUUCCUGAUCUUCGACUGGCUGUUGUUGGUCAGAGACUUCCUCCAUAUGCCCGUGGAGAAGGAUGCAACCCCUGCCCGCCAGCGCUGGCCCAGUGGCAGCAGCGACCCAGCCAACACUGCUGUCAUGCCCAAAACCGUCAAGAGGGGUGUCGUUACGAAACGUUCCACCGUUCCCGUCACCCAAGACAAAUAUCUGGAGGUCAAGCUCAAUGUAACAGGUACAGAGUUUGUAGUUGUGGAAGACUCCUCGUGUUUGGACACCAAUGCCAUCAUUUUGAAAGGUACAACUGUUCUCACCUACAAGCCUCGCCUUCUGGACCGGCCCUUCUCUGGCAGCCUGGCUGGCAUUGAGGUUUUCUCCUGCCGGCUGGGCAGUGAGCAGGACACAGCUCUGUCCAUCAUUGAUCCUGUCAACGUGCAGGUGGAGCUCUGUGGCAACCCCACCUAUGAGAGCAGCUCAGGGCUUCUGGAUGCCUUCAACAUAGAGGACUUCCCUCCUUUGCUGGAGAUCCAGUUCCCUUCUCUGGAUAUCCGUCUUUCCUACAAUGAUGUGCAGCUUUUCCUGGCUAUUGCUAAGUCCAUCCCCACCAGUUCCCACAGUGUCACUGACCCAACCUGCACCUCCCAGGCAGCGCCUUCCACUGCCAGUCCAGACACCACCUCCAAACCCAAAGACAGCUUCAGACUACGCACAGAGGCCCUACUGGAAAAUCAGCUAACACACCUACAGGACCUGGGCUUCAGGAAGGAAGACUGCAGAUGUGCCCUUAUUCAUUGCAAAGGUCAGCUGGACCAAGCCGCAACAUGGCUGCUGAAGAACGCAGAGAGCACCUUUGGCAGGAGCAGGGCCAACUCUGAUUCACUGUCCCACUCAGCUCUGCCCCUGUCUGGAGUGGAGGUCAAGGCUGAGAGUGUGUGCAUAUGCUUUAUUGAUGACUGUCUGGACUGUGACGUCCCCCUGGCUGAGCUCACCUUCUCACGACUAUUGGUGUUGCAGAGGAUUGGCUCUACCCAAGAAGGAAAUGCCAGCUUUACUCUCUCUGGUGAUUACUACAACCGAGAGCUCUCAGGCUGGGAGCCGGUCAUCGAGCCCUGGCCGUGUGUCCUGAACUGGCAGCAGCAGGCGGCAGGCCGGCUCCAUCCCCCCCGCCUGAAGAUGGAAGUGCGAGCCAAGCAAAGGCUGGACGUGAACAUCACCUCCGUCUUACUGGAGCAGUACAGCGCCACCAAGACUUCGUGGUUAGCGGAUUACUGCAAGGAAGACGAGCUGUCGCCGCCCUCGUCCACCUCCCUGUCCUGGAUGGGCUCCUCCGUGGAUCCCCCCUCCUUUGGCCAGAGUGUUCCGCUUGCCUACCUUAGAACUAGAAGCACUGCAAGCUUGACUUGCCUUGAGCGUCAGAUUCAUUCCCGAGCGGAGGUGAAACUGUCUAAAAGGAGGCAGCCGUUCAUUCCCUACGCCUUGCGCAACCAUACGGGCUGUACUAUGUGCUUUGCUACCCUUACCACCACCCCAACCAGGGUGGCACUGUCUCACAGUGGUAGUGCUGAUUCUAUAUCAGAUGCACAUGGACCUGGGACAGAUGACACGCACAACAUCAGUCAGUGGAGAGAGGUGCUGCCAGGAGCAGAGAUUCCUUUUGAGUUUGAGGCCCGUGAGAAACGUAGACACAGACAUACGCAUGAGCUGAAGCUGCACCAGCUGUUGGUGCGUGUUGGAGGCUGGGAGCAGGUGAAGCCUGUCUCGGUGGAUAAGGUCGGAGUUUUCUUCCGUUAUGCUGCUCCUGAUUGCAACAACCCCUCCAACACAGUUGGCAGCCCAGUCAGCAGAACGAACAUCAUACAUCCUCAUGUAUAUUUCUCAGCUUUGCCUCCUGUCAGAGUUGUCUUCUCCAUCACCAUGGAGGGUAGCGCUCGCAAGGUCAUCACCGUUCAGUCCGCUCUCGUGGUGAAAAAUCGCUUGGAGGUUCCCAUGGAGCUACGGUUGGAUAGCCCAUCAGCUCCAGACAAGCCAGUCGUGCUUCGCCCUAUUCUGCCUGGAGAAGCCCUGGCUAUUCCCCUCCACUUGACAUCUUGGAGGCUACAGGCCCGGCCCAAAGGCCUGGGGCUGUUCUUCUGCAAGCUGCCAAUACACUGGACCAGUGUGGAGCUGCCUGGGGAGGUGAGCAGCAGCAAGAGGGAGUGCCAGUCGGCCGACUACGACGACCAGCUCAAGCAUAGCUUCAGAUUUUGCGUGGUUAUCAAGAAAGAGAACUACCCUGAGCAGCAACCUGCCAAAGCCAUUGCUGGUGGCACCAAGCAAAUCUACCGGCAACCAGGCCACACCAUCUAUCUACUGCCUACCUUAGUGCUGGCUAACCUGCUGCCCUGUGACCUCAACUACUACAUCAAAGGCACCUCAAUCACAGGAACCAUGAAGCCAGGCAAAGAAGCAGUGCUCCACGCUGCAGACACUUCACAGAAUAUAGAAUUGGGUGUUCUUCUGGAGAACUUCUCAGUGUGUAAGGAGCUGCUGAUUCCUCCGGGCACUCAGAACUAUGUGGUGCGCAUGCGCUUGUACGACACGAACAAGCGCCUGCUGUGCCUCACCCUCCGCAUCGUUCUCCGAGCCCAGGGGGCACUCAAGAUCCUCAUCUCCGCCCCCUACUGGCUCCUGAACAAGACUGGUCUGCCUCUGAUCUUCCGCCAGGACAACUGCAAAACAGACGCUGCCGGCCAGUUUGAGGAGCAUGAGCUAGCUAGGAGUCUGAGCCCACUGCUCUUCUGCUACACAGACAAAGAGCAGGCCACCAUGUGCACUAUGCGUGUUGGUAAAGGGAUCCACCCAGAUGGUGUUCCUGGCUGGUGUCAGGGUUUCUCUUUGGAUGGGGGGAGUGGAGUGCGAGCAGUCAAAGUCAUCCAGCCAGGGAACAGACCGGGACUCAUCUAUAACAUAGGAAUUAAUGUUCGAAAGGGCAAGGGGCGUUACCAAGACACCCACAUUGUGACGUUUGCACCUCGCUAUUUGCUUGACAAUCAGUCUUCGCACAAGUUGGCCUUUUCCCAGAGAGAGUUUGCUAGAGGGAAGGGCACAGUGAAUCCUGAGGGCUACAUCUCCACUCUGUCAGGCUCCAGUGUGGUGUUCCACUGGCCCAGGAACGACUAUGACCAGCUGCUAUGUGUGAGACUCAUGGACGUACCCAACUGCACCUGGUCUGGGGGGUUUGAAGUCAACAAACCUAAGUCUUUCUAUGUCAACAUGAGGGACACAUUGGGCAACUGUUUUUUUCUCUGUGCUGAAAUCACCCUGAAAGGAGCGACCUAUCAAAUCUCGUUCCGUGACACUGACCAGCUGCCCCCACCCUUCCGCCUAGACAACCUCUCAGAGGUGCCUAUCCAGUUCUGGCAGCACGGAGUACCAGACAUCAAGCUUCACACGGAGGUGAAGCCUGGGACAGUGCUGGACUACGCCUGCGACGAGCCCACUCUUCUCCCCUACCUCACUCUGACUGUAAAAGGAGCCGGCUCUUCGGAGGUCACCGCUGACAUGAACAACUUUCGAGAGUACAACAGGCUCUACUAUGAGAACUUCAUCUACAUUGCUGCCACUUUCACAUUCUCUCAGGGUGCAGAUAAAAGGCCAGGAAUGAUGAAGCGCAAGGCCAGCUGCACUGAACUGGUGCUUGAUGUCAAGGCAAAGACACAGAGAGUCAUACUGAAGAAAAAGGAGCCAGGCAAACGAUCUCAGCUGUGGAGGAUGACGGGGAAGGGAAUGCUUUGUCACGAGGGUUCCUCCCCCCCUCAGAGUAAACCUUCCCAACCCCGACCUCUCGACUCCUCCCUGGUGCUGGACAUUGCUGGGCUGGCUGCCGUCACCGACAACAGUUAUGAGCCACUGAUGUUGAGGCGGCCAGACUCUCGCCGUAGCACUACCCAGACAUGGCACUUUAGCUCUGGCAUGCUGACCUGCGACUUACCCAGACUGGUGGUGCAGGUGAAGGGGGGCAUCACAGGGCUUUAUGAUGGUGCGGAGGUAGUGCUCGGACCUGACACGGGACUGCUCGAUCUACCCCCACAACAGCAGUUUAUUAACCAGAAGAUGAGGCCCGGCUCUGGGGUGCUCUCUGUGCAGGUGCUGCCUGAUGGACCUACUCGUGUACUGCAGGUCAGUGACUCUCUUCAGCGGCGUAUUAACAGAUCUACUCCAAGCUCAGAGGAAGACAAGAGCACGAAGAAUGCUCAGAAGGCGGACGCUAAAGAGGAACUGGAGGUGAUGGUGAACUUGGAGGAGGGAGUGGGCCUGUCUCUGGUGAACAAGUUGCCCGAGGAGCUGGUGUUCACCACACUGUCUGGCAUCAGCGUGCACUUUACCCGCACGGCCACCAGCCAGGUGCUGGAGCUCAGUGUACAGAACAUCCAGGUGGAUAACCAGCUCUUGGGCACCACUCAGCCUGUGAUGCUGUGUGUGACCCCAGACUUCAGCGAGAGCAGUGCAGUGGAUUCUGGACCUGCUCUGCAAGUCAAUGCUGUCAAAGUGCCCAGCAGUCUCAUGUUUACUGAGCUCUUCAAGCACCUCAUGGUCACUGCCCGACACUUCACUGUCAUCAUUGAAGAGAAGCUCUUGCUCAAGUUGCUGGCAUUCUUCGGCUAUGGGCAAACAGAAGAGGUUGAGAAAUUGGAUGAGAAUCUGUAUGAGAAGCCCAAUGAGGAUGCAGGGUCUCAAAAACGCUAUUAUUUUGAGAACCUGAAGAUCAGCCUCCCCCAGGUCAAACUGAGUGUCUUUACUUCACACAAGCUGCCGCCAGACCUCAAGGCUUUAAAAGGAACCCUGGGAUUCCCACUCAUCAGGUUUGAGGAUGCAGUCAUUAACAUGUAUCCAUUCACUCGAGUCCACCCGUAUGAGACCCAGGAGAUCAUCGUCACUGACAUACUCAAACACUUCAGAGAGGAGCUGAUCAGUCAGGCUGCUCAGAUUCUGGGAUCGGUGGACUUCCUGGGCAAUCCCAUUGGCCUGCUGAAUGAUAUUACAGAGGGCAUGUCAGAGCUCAUCAAGUCAGGCAACGUAGGAUUUCUCAUCCGCAAUGUCACGCAUGGCGUCUCCAACUCAGCAGCCAAGUUUGCUGGCACCCUGUCAGAUGGACUUGGUAAGACCAUGGACAACCGCCACCAGAGCGAGCGAGAGUAUAUUCGCUACCAUGGAGCCACCAGCGGGGAACACCUGGUGGCCGGCAUCCAUGGUCUUGCUCACGGCAUUAUUGGUGGUCUAACCAGUGUGAUCACAUCCACUGUGGAGGGGGUGAAGACAGAAGGUGGGGUGACUGGCUUCUUCACGGGAUUAGGGAAAGGCCUGGUUGGCACAGUCACUAAGCCCGUGGCAGGAGCGCUGGAUUUUGCCUCCGAGACAGCACAGACCGUAAGAGACAUGGCCAGCCUGAGCAACCACAGGCUGGGUGUGCAGCGGGUCAGAAAACCACGCUGCUGUAAGGGUCCUCAGGGCCUGCUGCCUCGUUUCUCCUCCAGACAGGCUGAGGGACAGGAGCAGCUCUUCCGUCUCACAGACAACAUCCAUUCUGAAUACUUCAUCGCUGUGGAGCCCAUAGACACCUACUGUGUGCUCAUCUCAUCUAAGGUCGUGUACUUCCUGAAACCCGGGGAGUAUGUGGAUCGGGAAGCAAUUUUUCUGGAGGUCAAAUAUGAUGACCUCUACCAUUGCCUGAUUUCCAAGGACCAUGGGAAAGUGUAUGUUCAGCUCACCAAGAAGGCUGAAAGCACUAGCAGUGGCUUGGCCUUUCCAGGACCCUCCCAACAAAAGCCUAUGGUUCACGUAAAGACCGAGAGCCUCGCCAUCAAGAUCUCCCAAGAAAUCAACUAUGCCAAGAGCCUUUACUUUGAGCAGCAGCUCAUGUUACCACCCAGUGAGAGCGAGGACAGCUUAGUACUGGACUCCUAACCAAAAUCAGCUCAUGCCAGGUCGGUCUAAUUUUUGAAGUCUUUUUUUUUUUUUUUUUCCUAAUACUGUUUUCGUGGUCAUUGAAGAGUGACCACCCACUUAGCCAGUUCUCAGCACAUACUCACAGUGAUGGGUCUGGGUCAUGAUGUAAGCUGGUCUAUAAUAGUAUCCACCAUCAAGCACAGAUUUGACUAUGAUUGAUUGAUUAAUAUGCAAGCAUUUUAAAGAGUUUUCUGUAGAAUUUAGAAAAUAAAUAUUUUGUUUUACAGAUGUUUAUAGUUUGAGUGGUAUUUGUUGCUACUGAAAUGCAGAUAAGUAAUCUUGUAUGUGUUUGUGUAUGGACAAAUGCGUACAUAUACAGCUACACUAUUAUGACACAAGCUGCAAUGUAUUGUAUAAAUCAAUUGUGAGGGUUUGUGGAUGGAGGCUCUGGGGUUGCUCUACACAACUGCCUUUUACAUUGUUUUUCCUCUUUCUACACACACACACACACACACACACACACGCACACGCCCACACAUGCACAUAUGUAUAUGACGUAUUGUGUGAUUGGUGAUUAUAUUGCACUGAUAGAUGUGCGAAACUGCUGCUGCUCUCCAAACGUACUAGCAAAGCAUAGAUAAAUUGACGUGUAUACACACAGAGAGAAGUUUAAAUAACAAGUCAGUGAACUUUCACCACUUUGUAUGCAGUCUAGUUUUUACAUGCAUUUUUUUGUUUUUGUUUUUUUGUUUUUUUAAUUGGUUAUGUGAUUAUUUUUUUGUCUAGAAGCUUUUUAGCAAAUGUUCUGUGACAGAAUGGCAAUUUAAAACAUUGUAAAUCAUAAUAACAAAUGUGCCUAUGGUUUGUAACAAACAGGACAUAAACGUUUGCACCCCAAAAUGAAAUGGGAAUCAAGAAUAAUUUGAUCACUACAAUAAUUGUUACUAAUCUGAUAUUUUACCCAGACAAGAAAUGCAGAUUUACUCUUUUUGUUUCAAAUAAACUGUUGAAACUCUGCAGUGAAUAGUAGCAAUAUUUUGUGCCUUUUGUUAUUACAGAUAAUUGUGUUUUUUAUUAACAAAUACAUCACAUUUGUUCCUCUGCACUGCCCUGACUUUCUUCUCUUUUGUUUAGAACUUGAAUCCACAUUGAAAUAAACAGGCAACUAUGUCAAAUAACA